AUGGCCACGGAAGACGCAAAGAAGGGCGGCGCAUUCGUUGCCCAGGGUGCUGUAACCCUGAGCAGGGCAAACUUGACAGUCGAGGGCACGCGAGCACGACAGGGAGGUGGUUUUUAUGCCGGCAACCUGACACUUCUCCAUGCGACGCUUUCCAUCGUCGACAGCAUCGCCACGACAGGCUCGGGCGGUGGCUUUUACACACCCGGCGAAGUCACCAUGGAGCACUCAGUCAUGUCGCUCCAAGACACUCAUGCAGCAAAGUAUGGAGGUGGCUUCUUUACGCAAAGGGGAGUUCGUUUGAGGCACGCCUCUUUGUACAUCUUCAACAGCACGGCGAGCUGUGGCGGGGGGUUCGAUUGUGCGUCUCUAGAGCUUGUGGCUUCCGUUCUGAGCGCACGCAGGGCCAGCGCGGAGACAUUUGGUGGGGCUUUCCAUGUGGCCUCGAUGUACGCAAGAAGAACGUAUGCCUACUUCACAGACUCGCAAGUAUACAUGGACGAGUGCGUGGCAGGAGUCCAUGCCGGAGGCUUUUUUGUGAGGCCGACGGGCGAUGUCAGCAUAACAGGCUCGGAAGUUAGGGUGUCCAACACGAAGGCUGGCCGGGAGGCCGGGGGCUUCCGUGUGGGCUCCUUGCAAGUGUCUUCCUCUGUGCUGCGGCUGGAGGGCAUGCGGGCUGGCAUGGCCGGGGGCUUCGUUGCGUUUCGUCCGAUCGUCAUCGGCAACCGGUCCAACGUCACGCUGGUGAGGACCGCAGCUGCCGAGGCAGUCGGGGGCUUCAGUGCCGAGACCAACUUGGAGGUGGUUGAUGGCUCCACAGUCAGCGUUGACCAGGCGGAAGCUCCUGGAGGCGGUGCGGGGUUUCGUGCCCUGGGCGAUGUGCGGAUUGCGGGCGCUUCAACCCUGCGAAUCUCCAGAAGCACUGCGCAGGCGGGAAAUGGCGGUGGGGGAUUGGCCAAGGAUGUGCUGGUUACGGAACAGUCGCAACUCCUGGUCUCAGAUGCUUCUUCCGGCGGACAUGGUGGGGGCCUCGAACUUCAAGGCGCUCUUCAAGUGAUGGACCGGUCCACCAUCCGCCUGGAGAGGUGCUGGGCACAAGAGAGCGGAGGAGGUGUCAGGGCGAAGCGCGACAUUCUGCUGGCUGGUGGAUCGCAGCUUUGGGUGUCAGAUGCUGCGUCCGAGCAGGGCAGCGGCGGUGGCCUUCGGACUCCAAGCAGUUUGACGAUUGCAGAAAGUUCCAGGAUGGAGCUGCAGAACGUCUCAGCCCAAUGGGGGGGAGGGCUCUAUGUUUCUGAAACCCUCCUCCUAGAUGGUGCUUCCAACCUCUCUAUACUGGAAAGCACUGCGACGGUGGGGGAUGGUGGAGCUUUUGUCGUUGAAGAAUUGUUGCAGGUGAGCAAUUCCCGACUACAUGUGGAAAGUGCCAGGGCUCACAAGACUGGGGGCGGUUUUGCGGCCCGGGUAGUCAACGUCAGCACCGGCUCCUCACUGACGAUCCUCCUCGGCUUUGCGGGCAAAAACAGCGGCGGUUUUUUCUCCAAAACGCUGGAGCUGUCGCACUCGAGGCUGGUGGCCUCGCAGUGCUCCUCGCGGGACGGCGGGGGUUUCCGCACGGAGAGCGCUUCGUUGACGCGGGCGCACCUGAGCAUUUUGGGCGGCGCCGAGCGAGGAGGUGGCUUCUUCGUAGAGAGGAGCAUGGAGGCCUCAGACUCGGAGCUGUGGGUGGCCGGGUGGCCCGGCCAGCGCGGCCAGCGCGGCAGCAUGACACAGCAGGCGGCCGAUGCCGCGCUGGGCAGCGGUGCCUUCCUGCAGGGCCCUCUACGCCUCACGCGCUCGGCCCUGCACCUGCAGAACCUCCAGGGCAGAACCGCGCUGGUGUCGCGCUGCCUGGAACUCUCGCAAUCCUUGGUGGUGGUAAAUGCCACCACGGCGGUGGGCAUCUCUCUGCAGAAUGCAGCCUGCAGCUGCGGCCGCGCCCUGCGCGUGGACGGCGCCCUCGUCGGCUCGGGUAUCUCCUCGGCCCUGCUCUCUGUCGACCCGUGCGGCGACGAGACGCUGGCGGUGACGGAUGUGUGGCUCCAGACUUCGCGCGCCGCCGUGGCAGAGACCACAGCCCACACCCGCGUUCGCAACGUGACCGUGGAGUACCUGGAGCCCCUGGAUGCCGCAGUGCUCCUGAACGCCCCGAGCUUCGACGUGGAGUCCGCGAAGGUGUCCUGCGCCGCUUGCACGGACGGCGUGACCUUCGGCGUCGCCGAUGGCUUCGGCCUGCAGGUGGUCAGCGCUUCGUGGCUCCGCUGCGGCAGCGAGGCGGCGCUGAACGACAGCUCCACCCAGCGCUGCGGCUGUGUGCCGCCCCAGGUGCCGGACAAAAGCAGCUUCGGCGACUACGUCAAGCCGUGGGAGACGCGGGACUACUGCGUCUACUGCCCGCCCAACUUCGAAUCGCACGAUGACGAUGAUGACUGCCACAAGUGCCCAUUGCAUAAGGCCUGGUCUGAGGGCACAGGGGAUGCCUGCGUGGCCUGGCCGGCGCAGAGUGCGGUGCACGUGCCGCUCCUCUUGGCCGCGGUGGCCUUCGUGUUCCUUGCGGCGGCCGCCUUCGAGAUCCUCGCCGCGCCGCUGGCCAUCGUGGACGCUGAGGCACCAGCAGGCCAGGGCCUUCUCGUCACUGUGCAGGGCCCCAUGUGCAGUUUGCCCAAGCUGGUGGCAAAACACGUGCACCGCAGAGCUACCUACAGCUUCCGUGGCACGGGCUUGCCCUGGCUGGAGCCACAGGGUGCCAAGCGGCACGUGAAGGCCGGCGUCAGCCUGGGCCGCUGCAAGCUGCAGCUGCCACCGCAGCCGGAGCAGCCGCCCUAUGCCUGUGCGACCAGUCGGGGCGUCCUACACGUCCACGGCUACGGGAUGAUACUGCUGCAGUGCUGGCUCCUCCUCUUCUUCUUGCUCCUCUUCCCCACUGCGCUGCUCGUAGUUCUAGUCUCGGGCAACGACCUGCCGCACGUGCUGGCGACAGCCGGCCUCCUCUUCCUGCUGCCGCUGACCAUCUGCGCCGCAACGCUGCACCGGGCCGUGCCAUGGCUGCUGCGCCGGCAGCGGACGCCGCUGCAGCGUGCGUGCCAGGAGUACCUUGAUGGGCUCAGCGUCGGGCAGGAAGCGCUAGAGCUGCCAGAGGCCGACGAACGGGAUCACCCGAAGAACCAGGGCCUGGCGAUGAGCGCCUUGCAGCAUUUCUGGGAGCACUUCAAGCGCUUCGUCCUCGAGAGGAACAUGCACUACCUCGUGGCCAACAUCGUCGAGCCCCUCACAGAAAGAAGGCGGACAUCCUUUGCGCGUCUCCUGGGCGGCAAAGAGGUGAUGUAUUUCGUGUCGCACAGUUGGGGAACCCCUUUCCAGCACUUUGUGCAAUGCCUGCGCCGUCACUCGGACUAUACUGCUGCCCCGGAUGUCACCUACUGGAUCUGCUCUUUUGCCAACAACCAAUGGGACAUCGCCAGCGACAUCGGAGUCGGCGUGCUCGACAGCGCCUUUGCCAGGGUCCUCCUCGCGGGCGUGCAGGGUGUGGUCAUGGUACUGGACCACGAGGUCCAGCCCCUCACGCGAGUCUGGUGUUUGUUCGAGCUCUUUCUCUCAAGCUCGCAGUCUCUCGGCGUGGUCUUCGCCACGGAUCUCGGCAUGCUGGGCGAUGACCAAUGCGACUCCGUUGGUGUAGCCUUGGAGCUCGGCAAGAAGAUCAGAGACCUGCGAGUAGAGCAUUGCCAAGCCUCCUGUGAGGUCGAUAAGCAACGCAUCUUCGCACACAUCUGCAUUGAGCUUGGAAGCCUAGAGCACAUGGAUGCCUUGAUCAAGAAUAUGAUUAAGGACAUGCUCUGCAGGAACCUUCGGCAUGCAAGCACUGCCACAGCCUGCCUCCGCCAGCAGCUUGAGGACGACUGA